UGUGGAGAGGCAUUCAUUCGGAGUAAAAGUCUUGUCCGACAUCAGGUCCUCCACACUGGUGAGAAGCCUUACAAGUGCAGUGAGUGUGGGAAAGCUUUCUGCUCCAAUAGAAACCGUGCUGACCAUCAGAGAAUGCACACCGGGGAGAAGCCUUAUGAGUGUCAUGAAUGUGGCAAGGCCUUCAGUCGGAGUAAGUGUCUGAUACGACAUCAGAGCCUCCAUACGGGGGAAAAACCAUACAAGUGUAGUGAGUGUGGGAAGGCUUUCAAUCAGAACUCUCAGCUUGUUGACCAUGAGCGAAUUCAUACUGGAGAGAAACCGUUUGAAUGUAGUGAGUGCGGUAAGGCGUUCAGCCUGAGCAAAUGUCUUAUUCGGCACCAGAGGCUUCACACAGGUGAGAAGCCCUAUAAAUGCAAUGAGUGUGGAAAAUCCUUCAAUCAGAACUCACACCUCAUUAUACACCAGAGAAUCCACACUGGCGAGAAACCCUAUGAGUGUAACGAGUGUGGGAAGGUCUUCAGUUACAGCUCCAGCCUCAUGGUACACCAGAGAACCCAUACUGGAGAAAAACCCUAU